AUGAAACAUCUACUCGACAAUUCAUCAAUUCAAUAUAAUCAAAUUCAACAAAUUUAUGCUACUUAUAAAAUAACAAAUGAAGAAAAUUUCUUACUGAAUUCCAUUUCUUAUAUAAUUGCUUCAUGGAAUUUUGAAUUAUUUUAUCAAUUAAUGACUUUAAUCAAUGUUGAUUUACAAUUGGAAGCAUUACAUUUUAUUCAACAGAAACAUUACAAUCAAUCUGUACAAAUUGAUUCCAGCAACAACAACAAUGAUAACACUGAGUUGAUGAAUAAUAACUCUACUACACAAAUAAAUCAAAAUGAAAUAACUGAUAUGUUAUUAGAAAAAUCUCAACAAAAAAAUGGAGUGAUGAAUGUAAGUUAA